AUCCCUCGAUUCUCCGCCAAAACCUUUCCCUCCACCCCUUUUAAAAAGUUUCAAAUGGACUCAUCGUUAUUCUCUAGUAUUUUCUUCUCAUUUCACUUUCACUUUCAUUUUUCUCACUUUCUCUCCUCAUUCACCCCCUUUCACAGUCGGCCAAGAUCUCAUCCUCUCUUUAUUGUGAACUCUCUCCAUCAUCCAUCUCUAACACCAAUCUAUUUUAGAUUCAGCCACAUCUCUACCGUGCAUCACCAAAAAUCUAAAAUCAAAGCCCAGAUCUCCUGUUUUUUUCUCUCUCCAUAUGGGUUUCGACUCCUCUUCAUGCUGUUAGAAUCUGGUAAGUUGUUAUGGAUCCUUUCUCUCUCUCUUUUUUUUUUUCCUUUUCGACUCUUCCUAUGGAUUUUGAUUCUGUCUCUGGUCUUCUAUUUCUGCAAGUUACACAGCAUCAAACCAUCUGCUCUCUUCAUCAUCACUGUAAUCCUUCUUUCGUCUGCAAGGUAUCACUGUAGGAGAAAUGAAGUUACAUAAGAAAAUACUGUGUUUCUGUCCUGUUGAUAGUCAUAAAGGAGAUGAGUUGGGAGAUCUUCUUGUUAGAUGUUUGAAGGAUUGGGGGUUAGAGAAAAUUUAUGCAUUAACUGCUGAUAAUGCAUCAGCAAAUGAUGGACUUGUGAGGGUUUUGAAAGAUGCAGUGAAUAAAUGGGGAACUGCUAUUCUUGGUGGGAAAGACAUUCACAUGAGAUGUGCAGACCACAUCAUAAACUUGGUUGUUGGUAAGGGUACUAAAGAAAAAGAGAUGAAUAAAUCUGUGACUGCAAUUAGGGCUGCAGUUAAAUAUAUUAGGCAAAGUCCUAUGAGGUUAAAGAGAUUUAAGGAGGCUUGUGAGUGGGCAGAAAUCGAAUCUAAAAAGUUAUUGUGUUUGGAUGUCCUAACAAGGUGGAAUUCACUUUAUUUAAUGCUGGACACUGUUGAGAGGUUUGAGAAAGCUUUUGAGAGAUAUGCAAGACAAGACCCACACAUGAAGAAUGAGUUGAAUGAUGGUCCUAAGGCUCCUGGAUUUCCUUCUUGCAUAGAUUGGGAAAAUUUAAGAAAAUUAAUCAAAUUUCUACAUCAUUUCUAUGAGUUGACGAGAAAGGAUGUGGAUCUUUAUGAACUUGCUGGUAAAAUGAGAACAAAGUAUACAAAAUAUUGGGGGGAUCCAAGGGAGAUGAAUAAAAACAUCUUCUUUGCAGUGGUGUUGGAUCCAAGGUAUAAGAUGGAUUAUUUGGAGUAUUUAAUGUUGAAGAUGUAUGGUCGUAAAUCUGAUGGUGAACUUGAUGAUAAUGGGCCUCUUUAUGUUGCCAUGGUCAAAUGUGAGAUGAGAAUAUUGUUUGAAGAAUACAAGAGGUUGAAUUCCUCUACUAUGAAAUACCCUCAAUCAUUUGAUGAACAAGGAAGCAGCUCUAUCUCUGCAACCAAUAUGCAAAGUGUGGCAGAUCCGAAAAAUAGAGUGCAAACAUCUGAAGUGAGGUCUGAUUACAAGAAAUUUAAAGCUGCCAAUGGUAGAAGGGCAGAAAAAACAGAGUUGGAGAAGUACUUGGCAGAAGAUCCUGAGGAUGAGAACGAAAAUAUUGAUGUUCUUCAGUGGUGGAAGAUGAAUGAGCAUAGAUUUCCAGUGUUAGCAACCAUGGCAAGAGAUGUCUUAGCAGUUCCAAUAUCGACUGUUGCUUCUGAAUCAGCAUUCAGUACUGGAGGUCGAGUCCUCGAUGCUUUUCGCUCGUCAUUGACACCAAGAAUGGCACAAGCUCUCAUUUGUGCACAAGAUUGGUUGAGAGAUAAGGCUGUUUCUGAUAUAGAGGAGGAGGAUUUAGACACACUGGAUAGUUUAGAGAAAGAGUUUGAUAAGAUUCAUUUGGAUUCCACCAUUCUUGAAUGAAUGGUGGAUUUAUAAAUGGUAAGGCUGUCAACUUUGCAUUUAAAGGUUACUCUUAAAGCUAUUUUGGACACUCAAAAGAGAGAUGGUUGUGUGAAGUGGUUUGCUGGAAAUGUGGCUUCAAGGAGUGCUGCUAGGGCAACUACAUCGUUGUUGCUAUAUCAUUUGGAUUGUGCACGUACCAGGCUUGGCACUGAUGUAAUACAAUGCUCAAUUAAUG